UCCGCCAAAAAUACCACCCAAAACGGAGCUGUAUUUUUGGUGGUCUGCAGUAGCCUACCCGAGCUGAUUCUGCACGAUCACCGAGGAGGGGAGGGGGAGCACAGGGUUGGGCUUAGGACCGCGUCGCCUCUGCCUCUCCGUUUGUCCAGUACCGGGACGGUAAGGGGAAAGCCCGGGCACUCCUGGGCCAUGGCAGCGGGAGGAGGAUGCGGGGAAUCGGUGGACCAGUACAGGGCCGAGGUGGAACGCCUCACUCGGGAGCUCGCCGAGGCGAACCGGGAGAAGAUCCGAGCGGCAGAAUGCGGUCUGGUUGUGCUGGAGGAGAACCAGACGCUGAAGCAGCAGUACGCGGACCUGGAGUCCGAGCAGGAGACGCUGAGGAGGGAGCUGGAGCAGUUGCAGGAGGCGUUUGGCCAGGCCUACUCCCAGCAGCGCAAGGUGGCGGAGGACGGGGAGAGCAACGAGGAGACGCUGCUGCAGGAGUCGGCCAGUAAGGAGGCCUACUACAUGGGCCGGCUGCUGGAGCUGCAGACCGAGCUGAAGAACAACCGCUCCGUGGCUUCCAACGCCCAGGCCGAGAGCGAGAGGCUCAACAUGCUCGUGCAGGAGCUGCGAGAGAGUAAUGAGGUGUUGGACCUUCAGAGGGGCCGGAUGCGGGAGGAGAUCAGGGAGUACAAGUUCAGAGAGACGCGUCUCCUCCAGGAUUACACAGAGCUGGAGGAGGAGAACAUCACCCUACAGAAACUAGUGUCCACACUCAAACAGAACCAGGUGGAGUACGAGGGCCUGAAGCACGAGAUCAAGGUGCUGGAGGAGGAGACGGCGCUGCUCAACAGCCAGCUGGAGGACGCGCUGCGUCUGAAGGACAUCUCGCAGGCGCAGCUGGAGGAGGCGCUGGACGCGCUCAAGAGCGAGCGCGAGCAGAAGCACGGCCUGCGCAAGGAGCUGGCGCACCACCUGAGCCUGAGCGACAGCGUCUACGGCGCCGGCGCCCACCUGGCGCUCGCCGCCGUCGACCAGCUCCGCUUCGCCACCGACACCGACGUCGUCGCUGCCGCCGUCGGCACGACGCCAACGGCCAACGGCUCGGCCGGCCUGCACGGCCUCCCCGGGUCCGCCCUGUCCAGCCCGGGCGUGGAGGACCUGGGCCGCUGCAACGGGCAUCACCUCGGCGCCAAGGCGACGACGACCAACGGCACGGCGGAGUUCGGCGGGCACCGCGGUGGCGGCACGGGGAGGAAGGGGGUGGAUGGCGCGGUGCUGCCCCCAGUGGCUGAUCUGUUCAGCGAGCUCAACCUCUCGGAGCUGCAGAAGCUCAAACAGCAGCUCAUUCAGGUGGAGCGUGAGAAGGCGUCCCUGCUGGUGACGCUGCAGGAGUCGCAGACGCAGCUGCAGCACACGCAGGGCGCCCUGACCGAGCAGCACCGCCGCGUCCACCGGCUCAACGAGCGCCUCAGCACCAUGCACCGCCUCUGCGGCAACAAGCGCUUCGACGCCGACGAGACCGAGAAGGACGGCGACCGCGACGCGGAGGAGGACAACGCCGCCGUCGCCCGAAACGCCGUCGCCACCAACGGCUGCUGCAACGUCCCGGACGACAACGACGCCGAGCUCCACGGCUUCGAGGUGCUGGAGGGCAAGUACCGCGUGGCGGUCACCGAGGUCAUCGACCUGAAGGCCGAGCUCAAGACGCUGAAGGAGAAGCACAACCAGGCGGUGGAGGGCCAGUCGGAGGAGCGGAGCCGCAGCGAGGGCAAGGUGCGCGCGCUCGCCGAGCAGGUGGGCCGGCUGGAGCGCGAGUGCCUGGAGGGCCGCGAGCGGGUGGGCGCGCUGGAGGCGGACCUGCGCGGCCUCUCGGGACUGGCCAGCGAGAGCCACAGCAUGAUGACGGCGGCGCAGGACGAGCUGGCCACGUUCAGCGAGGAGCUGGCGCAGCUCUACCACCACGUGUGCCUGUGCAACAACGAGACGCCCAACCGCGUCAUGCUGGACUACUACCGGCAGAGCCGCGUCACGCGCAGCGGCAGCCUCAAGGGGCCCGAGGACCCGCGCGCCCUGCUCUCCCCGCGCCUGGCCCGCCGACUGGCCGCCGGGUCCACCUCCUCCUCCGACACCCCCAGGAGCCCCCAGGAGUCGCCCUCCAAAGAGCCCCCGCCAGGCUCAUCGUCAGCGGGCAGCGGCGGUGGCAGCGGUGGUGUGGAGGGAGGGCAGGGUGGUCAGGGCGGUCAGGGCGGUCAGGGCGGUCAGGGCAGCCCCAGCCGCUCCACCCAGGGCUCCGCGUCGCCGGUCAACGCCGGUUUCUCCCCGUGCCUGUCGCCCGUGCCGGACAGCAUCUCGAGCGUCUCGAGCGGCGGCGGGGACCUGAGGAAGGAGCCGAUGAACAUCUACAACCUGAACGCCAUCAUCCGCGACCAGAUCAAGCACCUGCAGAGGGCCGUGGACCGCUCCCUGCUGCUGUCCCGCCAGCGGGCCGCCGCGCGCGAACUGGCCCCCGUCAUGGACAAGGACAAGGAGGCCUGCAUGGAGGAGCUGCUCAAGCUCAAGUCCCUCCUCAGCACCAAGAGGGAGCAGAUCGCCACCCUGCGCCUGGUGCUCAAGGCCAACAAACAGACUGCAGAGGUGGCUCUGGCCAACCUGAAGAGCAAGUAUGAGAACGAGAAGUCCAUGGUGACCGAGACCAUGAUGAAGCUGCGCAACGAGCUGAAGGCUCUGAAGGAAGACGCCGCCACCUUCUCCUCCCUCAGGGCCAUGUUUGCCACCAGGUGUGACGAGUACGUGACCCAGCUGGACGAGAUGCAGCGCCAGCUGGCGGCGGCGGAGGACGAGAAGAAGACGCUCAACUCGCUGCUGCGCAUGGCCAUCCAGCAGAAGCUGGCGCUCACGCAGCGGCUGGAGGACCUGGAGUUCGACCACGAGCAGACGCACCGCGGCCGCCAGACGGCCAGCAAGCUGGCCAAGCUCAAGAGCAGCCCCCCCAAAUCCUAAUGCGGUGGUGGUUCUGCGGGAGGACCGGAUGGCUUCAGACAGCGCUGGGAACCGAAGUGGCCUCUCCCCCUGUGACCCCUUCAGAUGCACAGCCCUCCCAACCAGACCAUGA